CACUUAUCGAGUUAACAAGGCUCUAAACAUGGAAGUUGUAUUGCUUCUAUUUAUGGUUGGAUGUUCGGUGGCCCAGAGCUCUGAGACGCUACAGCAGGAUACAGGAACUACUGACUCUUCGCCCAUUGUAUCCUACGUCAAUGAAAAUCACCACAAUGGUUCUUACAAGUUCAGUUAUCAAACAUCUGACAGCAUGUCGGUCGAGCAAGAGGGCUAUGUCCGCGAGGUGAGCGAGAACAAAACAAUCUACGCUGCACGUGGAUCAUACUCCUACGUGGAUCCUAAUGGUAAGCUGGUCACCGUUGUCUGGUACGCGGAUGAAACUGGAUUCCAUCCUUCCGGGGAUAACAUUCCCGCCGAGGAACCGGGACUUUCCCUGAGACCGGGUUCCGCAGGAGGGUCCGUUCAGCCUCUUCUACCUGAGUUCUGGAGAGGCUGAGGAAGAUUCAUCGAUGGCCAAGAUUACAACUACUGAACGAGCAAACGAAUUUAGAUUAUGUUAAUCUGUGACAUCUAUUGUGUAUGUAAUUAUACCGG